AUGGAUUCCACCCUCUUCAUCAUCGGCGUUAUAGGCAACAUCAUCUCAGUUCUAGUCUUCAUAUCUCCUAUCAAGACGUUCUGGAGGAUCGUGCGGAGCGGGUCGACGGAGGAGUUCGAGCCGGCGCCGUACGUGUUCACGCUGCUCAACGCGCUGCUGUGGCUCUACUACGGCGUCACCAAGCCUGACGGCCUCCUCGUUGCCACCGUCAAUGGCUUUGGGGCGGUCAUGGAGGCCAUCUACGUCGUCCUCUUCAUCGUCUACGCCGCCAAUCAUGCCACAAGGGUUAAGACCGUGAAGCUGGCAGCAGCGUUGGACAUCGGUGGCUUUGGAGUUGUGUUCGCGGCCACCACAUUCGCCAUCAAUGAGUUAGACUUGAGAAUCAUGGUGAUAGGAAUGAUAUGUGCCUGCCUCAAUGUGCUCAUGUACGGGUCACCCCUUGCUGCCAUGAAAACGGUGAUCACCACCAAGAGCGUGGAGUUCAUGCCGUUCUUCCUAUCCUUCUUCCUCUUCCUCAACGGAGGCAUCUGGGCAACGUAUGCGGUGCUUGACCGAGACAUCUUCCUUGGGAUCCCCAAUGGGGUAGGCUUCGUCCUUGGCACCAUCCAGCUGAUCAUCUACGCGAUCUACAUGAACAGCAAGGCCUCCCAGAGCAGCAAAGAAACAGCAGCGUCGCCUCUUCUGGCCUCCAACCAUCAGGGAGAAGCAUCUAGCCAUGUCUGA